AUGAGAGAUGGGACCCAAGUGGCGACAGUUACGCUUAGCUUUAACGACGCAAUUGGCGUCCUGAAAAAGGGGUCGGUAAAUGUUGGCUGGUCUCGCUGUCGCAUCAUCCAGGACACACGCCCCACAAGAUGCCCCACAAGUGCCUGGGUUACGGUCACAGGGCACUCAAACAAGGUCGCUCGGACUGAUGUCUUCGGUGCGGCGUUCGAGGGCGAACGAGGGCACACAGCGAAGGGCUCUGUCGAUCCGCCAAAUUACCUGAUCUGCAACAGCGAUGUAGACACGGAAUCACCCGACAGUGACAGUCCGGACCUUUUCGAAGAACUGUUAGACAAUCUAAUACACCACGAUAUAGGGCGCAAGCCUGUAGUCAUUGCAAGUGAUUUUAACGCCUGGGCAAUAGAAUGGGGAAGCCGGACAUCUAACCUCCGAGGAAGGGCCGCUAUUGAUGCCGUAAACCAGUUGGAUCUGGUGCUGUUGAACGAUGGUGGCAAGCCGACGUUUAACAACGACAGAGGAGGACGUAACUCUGAGCGAUCAUGCCCUAAUUACAUUCAGCGCCCGCUCGUCGUGCAUCACACAACGACAGGCAAGGAGUACCCUUGGGCAAGCAUGGGACAUCAGAAAGCUGGACAAGGACAUGCUGGCCUUCAGCAUCGAGCAAAUGGAGCCAACAAAUGGGGUAUUGCCUACAAAAUGGUUAGUAAUAAACUAAAAUCCGCUGAAGGUGGUACCCCACAGGACCCAGUCCUACUGUUAAACAUCGUAGAGGAGCUAUUCCAAAAUCAACCCGCACAAGAAAUCCCUGCCCCAGAUUUACCGUGUGUCACUGCAAGUGAGGUUAUCGAAGGGGCAAAAAGAACUAAGCCCAACAAAACCCCUGGUCUCGAUGGCAUCCCGGGUGUUGUAGUUAUGGCUGCCGCAAAUUCUAUGCCAGAAAUCUUCAGGGACACCUUCCAACAGUGCCUGAUAGAUGGUGUCUUCCCAUCCCGCUGGAAGAACAUGAAGCUGGUACUGCUGCCGAAAGGAAAGGGACCAACCAACUCUGCAGGCAGUUUCCGCCCACUUUGUCUGCUGGACAUCGUGGGAAAGCUUUUCGAACGCAUCAUAUACACGCGUAUUGAGGUGAUCACUGAGAGCCCCGAUGGCCUACAUAGACACCAGUAUGGUUUCCGGAAAGGUAAAAGCACUCUCGACGCUCUCACUGCCAUAAAAGAUCUGGCCAAGACCACUCUCGAUGGAGACCGAUGGCUAGGUGGCAGCAAGGAGUAUUGCGCCAUCAUCACGCUUGAUGUAAAUAAUGCGUUUAACACGGCUGGAUGCCCAACAAUCCUCGGGGCCAUGCGCAACAUGGGUAUGCCUCGUAACCUCAGAAUCAUCAUUGGCAGCUACUUUAGGGUCCGUAUACUUUGGUACGAUACUGAUGCCGGGCCAAGAAAUCACCACGUCUCCGCAGGUGUCCCACAAGGGUCGGUUCUUGGACCAAUCCUGUGGAACAUAAUGUAUGACGGGAUAUUGUCCAUUAGCAAGCCCACCGGAGUGGAGCUAGUCUGCUUUGCAAACGACGUGGCAGUAGCAGCGGUUGCCAAAACAAUACCGGAGUUACAGGACAGGAGCAAUGCAGCGAUUAGCACAACUAUUAGCUAUCUUAUUGACCACAGACUGACAUUCAAGGAGCAUUCAAGAUACACCAGCAGGAAGGCAGCGAUGACAGCAGCAGCAUUGGCAAGACUCAUGCCAAAUUUAGGUGGACCCAGGAUGCCGGCCAGGAGGCUGCUCGUGGCGGUCGCGAAAUCUUCGCUUCUAUACGCUGCCCGCAUCUGGAGAGUUGUCAUGAAUAAAGUGACUUACUUGGACAACGCGCGUGCAGUAUCACGGACAAUGGCCCUUAGACUUAUCAGAGGAUUCAGAACAAUCUCGGAAGCGCAACAUAUCCUGCUGCACUGUGUUUCGUACAGAGAGAGAGAGAUACUGGAGAGUCUGGCUGGAACUCCGCUCAGCCCGAGGAACUUAAAGCACACUAUGCUGGCGGAGAAAACCGUGUGGGUGAGGGCCCAUGGCAUUAUCAUCGGCAUGAUGAAACGGGUUCGCAUUGAUGAGACGGCCAGCAUACCCGAUGGAUAA